AAGAAGUAUCAGCUCCCUACAGCAGUACCUGGGCUCUCAGUGCAGUGUGAACAUCAUGUUCCCAGGUGAUAUCGCUGAACUCUUCCAAUCUGAGGGGCUGAAUCCACGCCGUAUGACGCUGCAGCCCUGGGAUACACACCGCGAAACCCGCAAACACAGCAAAGGGGUCUUCCUCAAAAAUGGAGUUGAGUGGCGCUCUGACCGGUUGUUGUUGAACCGUGAAGUGAUGCUGAGUUCAGCUGUACGCCGUUUCCUGCCGUUGCUGGACGAGGUGGCACAGGAUUUCUCUCAUGUCCUGCGGCGUAAAGUCCAAGCUGAGGGACAAAUGGAGAAUGGCACACACACGCUGGCCUUUGACCCCAGUCCUGAGCUUUUCCGCUUUGCUCUGGAAGCGAGUUGUCAUGUUCUUUAUGGUGAGCGUAUCGGCCUUUUCUCGUCGAAGCCGUCUCAGGAGUCUGAGCGCUUUAUUUGGGCGGUGGAGAGAAUGCUGAACACAACUUCUCCCCUCCUCUAUGUGCCCCGCUCACUGCUCCGCUUCCACACACCCUUGUGGACACAACAUGCAACUGCAUGGGACCACAUCUUCAGCCAUGCUGAGGAGCGGAUCAGGCGUGUGUAUGAGGGGCUCCAGGCUCAGGGCAGCAGUGUGGACAGAGCAGUAGAUGGUUUAAAGUUCCCUGGAGUUCUCAGGCUACUGAUGGAAAAAGGACAACUCCCUCUGGAUCUCAUCAGGGCGAACAUCACUGAACUGAUGGCAGGAGGAGUCGAUACUACGGCAGUUCCUCUGCAGUUUGCGUUAUUUGAGUUGGCACGUAAUCCCAGUGUUCAGGAGUGUGUGCGUGCUCAGGUGCAGUCGUCAUGGUUACAGGCAGAGGGGAAUCCCCAUAAGACUCUGCAGGGGGCGCCGCUGCUCAAGGGCACAGUGAGGGAGAUACUCAGACUGUAUCCGGUGGGCAUCACAGUACAGAGAUAUCCAGUCAAAGACAUUGUACUGCAGAACUAUCACAUACCAGCUGGGACUCUGGUGCAAGUGUGUCUGUACCCUCUGGGGCGGAGUCGAGAUGUAUUUCAGGACCCUUUAACCUUUGACCCUGGUCGUUGGGCUGGUGCUGAGGCAGGAGAAGGGCGGGCCAAAAAUGAGGUUACAGCAGAGACCACGUCGGGGGCAGGGUUUCGCUCACUGGCAUUCGGCUUUGGACCAAGGCAGUGUGUGGGGCGGAGAAUCGCUGAAAACGAGAUGCAGCUCUUCCUCCUGCAUAUUCUGAAGAAUUUCCGUUUGAGUGUUUCAUCCAAAGAGGACCUCAGCACCAAAUACACACUCAUCCUCCAACCAGAGUCGACACCGACAAUCACUUUCUCUGCCCUCUCACACUGAUCACCUGUUAACUGAUUAAUCAGUCAUCCAGUCAGUAACUCAGCCGACAUGUCAGUGAGGCAGUUAAUAAAUUAAUCAUUGUCUCUUUCGGGUUUUCUGACUUUUGGUGUGUUCUCUAAUCUCUCUGUGUGAUUCUUAGAGGUACACACUGACACCAGUACAUACUGGUGCACACAGAUACACACUGG